CAGCGGGGAUGGCGGCAGCGGCGGAGGUCCCCGUGAUCGACCUGCGCCUCGCCGGCUCGGCGUCGGAGGAGUCGGCGCGCCUGCGGGCCGCGUGCGAGCGGCAGGGCUGCUUCCGGGUGACCGGGCACGGCGUGCCCCGGGGGCUCCUGGCCGAGAUGAAGGCCGCCGUGCGCGCGCUCUUCGACCUCCCCGACGACGCCAAGCGCCGCAACACCGACGUCAUCCCCGGCAGCGGCUACGUCGCGCCCAGCGCCACCAAUCCGCUCUACGAGGCCUUCGGGCUCAUCGACGCCGCCGCGCCCGCCGACGUCGACGCCUUCUGCGCGUGCCUCGACGCGCCGCCGCACCUCAGGGCGACCGUGAAGAGCUACGCGGAGCGGAUGCACGACGUGAUCGUCGACGUCGCCGGCAAGCUGGCCUCGAGCCUGGGGCUGGAGGAGCACUCGUUCGGGGACUGGCCGUGCCAGUUCCGCAUCAACCGGUACAACUACACGGAGGACACGGUGGGCUCCCCCGGCGUGCAGACCCACACGGACUCGGGCUUCCUCACCGUGCUCCAGGAGGACGAGUGCGUCGGCGGCCUCGAGGUGCUGGACCCCGCCACCGGCGAGUUCGUGCCCGUCGACCCCGUCGCCGGUUCCUUCCUCAUCAACAUCGGCGACGUCGGCACGGCCUGGAGCAACGGGAGGCUGCACAACGUGAGGCACCGGGUGCAGUGCGUCGCGCCGGUGCCGCGCUUCUCCAUCGCCAUGUUCCUGCUCGCGCCCAAGGACGACAGGGUGAGCGCGCCGGAGGCGUUCGUGGACGCCGACCACCCGCGCCGCUACAGGGAGUUCAAGUACGACGACUACAGGAGGCUCCGGCUGUCCACCGGCGAGCGCGCCGGCGAGGCGCUCGCGCGGCUGGCGGUGUGACGUGGCGCACGUGGUGGUGGGGCUGCAAAUCGGGAGCCGUUGAGGCGUUAAUUAUAGGCAUAUCGGUUGUCUCGUUGAGCUGUUGUCUUGAUUGACCAGUGGGGAGAAGGAUGGCUAUUGGGGUGCCAUGUGAAUUGCUAUCGAGUCUCAUCAAUAAAACCUUGUGUCAUUUGAAAA